AUGAAGCUACUCGUUUUUGUUUUGUUCUUUGGUUUGGUGUCUACCUCACUCGGAAGCCCUGACGCAUCAGUCUCCGUACGCCAACGACGAGAUGUAGAUAUUUUAGCAAAUACCAGGGUGCUAAUACAACAAUUGAUAGAGAACUUACUGAAGGCUGUGCAGCAAGCUAGAGAUGCCGUUGCCACAUUCGUUAGAGGAAUGCAACAACAAUUACAACUGUUUGGUCAGAAAAUCAUCGCAGACUUACAAAAACUCCGUGACGGAAUAGAGCAAGCGAUAAAAAACAUCGCAGAUAGAAUUACAGGCGCUGGACCUGCCGUGAAAGCCUGUAUUGAGAACCAACGUGAUGCAGCAGAAAAUCUUUUUACAACAGCGCGUGAAAAUUCACAUAUUUGCGCUGAACAAAACGUGGACGAAAUCCAAGUUAUGGUCGACAAGCUAUCGGCUUUGGCAGAUGGCGCUGUCAAUUACACAAGAGCAGUUGUGGAACAAAUGGACGGCUGCAGUAGAAAUGGGUCUGGCUUGUUCAACACCGGAGCUUGUCUUGGAGGUCUCGUCGUCAAAACCGAAUACAACGGCAUAACUUUUGCGACCCAAAGCGCUAUCAUGAUUUCAAAAAUCAACCUAUCACUGCUGACUUUCCCUGCUGCUUUGGAGGUGUGUGCAGGAAGAAGUCUUCUAUCAGCCAGCUCAGAGGCCAGAACGAUUAUAUCCGAAAUAGCUUCCUGCUCAUAUACAUCCAUCUUCCAAUCAUCAUCAUCGGCCUCUGAUGAAUUGAGCUUGUAA